AACGGGACCAUGUCUCCCGUUAACCAAGACACAGGGACUUUAAUGCUGGCUUGCAUCGGUUUGUUUCUUUGUGCGGGACAGUCAUCUAGUUUCGGGUAUUACAGUCACAGUGAAAGUAACCAAGGAGACGGGGCAAACAAAUUACUCUUAAUUCUAGUGGAUGGUUGUCGAUGGGAUUAUCCAGAUCAAGAUAGCACCGGACUACCAGGAUUCAGGAAACUCGCGGAGAAUGGAGUUCGGGCACCUUAUGUUACCCCGAUUUUUCCUGCGAAUUCGUAUCCUAAUUGGUACACUAUCAUGACAGGGCUUUACGCAGAGAGUCACGGUUUUGUGCAAAAUAUGAUGUACGAUCCUCAUUUCGGGGACUUCUUCCUGAUGGCUCCUAAUGACACUGCCUCGGUUUCGCACUGGUGGGACAGUGCGGAGCCGCUGUGGAUCACAGCGGAGAAAAAUGGAUUACGUUCUGCGCUCUACUGGUGGGAUGGAUGCCAGGUCGAAAUACGGGGUAGGAAACCAACAUUUUGCCGAAAAUACAAAUAUGUUGGAUACGCAUGGCCGACAGUCAACGAGGACACUCGAGAUGCCCUGCUGACUGCUCUACAGUUGCUGGGCAAUAACGAAAUACAAUUAGUACAGAUAUAUUACGAGCCUGUUGAUUUUUACGGUCACAAAUACGGCCCUAAUUCCUUAGAAAGAAAAAAAGCAGUCAAAGAUAUCGACAGUCUUUUAGUUUUAGCUCAAAAGGAAAUGGCUAGUCGAGGACUCGUGAAUAAGGUAAACUUAGUUGUUCUUUCGGAUCAUGGAAUGACCUCAACAGAUUCAAGAGGAUUAAGUGUAAUCAAUUUAAACCAUUUGAUUGAUAUGUCUGAUAUCCGUUAUAUGGUUUAUUAUGGAGCGACAAGUAUGCUACUUCCAUACGAAGGAAAGUUAGAAAAAGUCUAUGAGGCUCUUAAAGGUAUCCCUGGUCUGCGGGUUUAUCUAAAAGAAGAAAUACCAGAUCAUUAUCAUAUAAAACACAACAGAUUAGUUUUACCACUUCUCUUGGUGGCUUCCAAAAACUACUACAUUAGGGGACUGGACAUUCCGGGAAAAAGCAUCCCAACAGGGUCAUCUAUAUCACUUGGCUCCCAUGGGUACGAUCCAUACGAAGUGCCGGACAUGAGGGGAAUAUUCUUUGCUAGAGGACCAGGUCUCAGAAAAAACUACAUCUCUUCCCCUCUUCAAAUGGUGGAUAUUUAUGGCAUUUUAUGUGAACUCUUAGGCAUUCAACCAUUACCUAAUAAUGGUACAAAAAAUAUAACAAAAGGAAUCGUUGCUCUUCCAUACUCUUCUGCUAACAGACUUGUGCAUUCCAGCAAGCAAAACACAAUUUUAAUAUGUGCGACUUUAUAUACAUUACUUCUUAGACAUCUCUUGUUUCUAACGUGACAGAACACGAAAAUAGCCUUUUA